AUUGAUCUUAAGUUAAUUAGAUUUCUUUUUCUGAAAAAGCGUCUCAUAAUUCAGUCUAUAUGAUUUUCAUACAACAGUCAUCGAAUAUUUUCAUGUCGAAAGUAUCGAAUAAUUUGGAGGACAUUCAUCGAGUGUCACAAAAAGGUGCUUUUGAAGAGAAAACUUAUGGCCACGGAGCAUAACGUGGCUUCGCCACUAAACGCUCUCCCAAGUUCGAAGCCGACACGUUCCACGACAAGGAAGCAACAGGUUAAAGUUGAGAUAUGUUGUUAGAACGUUUACGCUUGGACCGGCACAAACUCAUUGAGUUCAUCAUAUCAUCCAAUGUGAUAAAGGCUGUUGAUUUUCCUACUGGCACUUCUGGUGUUGAGGAUGUUGACUUGGAUGCCAUUAGUGCUGAUUAUAUGCUUGAAUGUGCAGUAAAUGGUAAAGUUCUUGAUCUUUCUGAAGCUGCUAGGAUGCAUUACAAUGAGAUGAACUUGCCAAUUAUGAUUAAUCAUGAAUCCGGAUGCUCAUUCUUUUUAGUUACAAAGCCAGAGUUAUCAUGUUCUCCACCUCAUCAUGUUCCUCCUGAACUGGUGGUUAACAUGGGGCCAGGUGCUUUUCCAUGUUCAUCAAAUUCAUUGAGAGACGUUGUUGAUGAUACAUUCAGAAGUUCUUAUUAUGGGUAUGGGAAUGCACAGACAACUUUACCUGUUCAGAAUUGUGAAAUAUUUGGUGAAAACAAUCUCCCACCAAUUGGUUUACCUUCUUUUGUAACUGAUCUGUCUGAAGAUGAUUUGCGGGAUGCAGCAUAUGAAACUUUGGUUGCUUGCUUGGUACAUUCAGGCCACUUGCAAAAAUUGUCUUCUACAAGUGGCAGCUUAGUGCAGACAACUGAAAGCAAAAUUAAAGAAAGGAAGACAAGGUUUGCAUCAAGGCAGAGGAAGAAAGAAAAUGAAGAGACAUCCUUGCAAUCUCAGUCAGCAUCUGCGUCUUCUGAGGUUAUUGAUGUGAUCUGCACUCAGAUGGAGAUUUCACAAGUGAUUGACAGAUGUGCAAGGCAAGGAUUAUCUCACAGCAGUCUAAUUGCAGAAGCUGGGAAACUUCAUGUUCCUAAGAUAUCGAUAGAACUUCUGAAGAAUGUUUCACAAAGUGGAUUUCCUAACAAGAAAGCAUAUAUCCGCUGGAUAAAGAGACAGACUAGAAUUCUUGAGGAAGUGCUUUGUAGCCACUCUCUGUCUGGAGCUGAAAAUGAAUUGAAAAGCAUUCUUGCUGACAUGAGAAACGAAAAGGUAUGGGCCAUGCAUAAUGCAUCUUCUCAAGUUGCUGGGAUUUUCUCAGCUCUCCAAAGAUCUGUCAUGGAGUUCUCGGAGACUCACAAAGAGUUUGGCACCAGGGGUGGAUCGCAUUACUGGGAGACAGGUUACCAUGUAAAUCUUAGGCUUUAUGAGAAACUGCUGUGCAGCACCUUUGACAGUUUGGAUGGACAACAGGUUGAGGAAACUGAAGAAAUCCUUGGGCUUCUAAAGGCAACCUGGCCAGCUCUUGGUGUUACUAAGAUGAUCCAUACUGCAUUGUAUUGCUGGGUGCUUUUUCGGCAAUUUGCAUCCAUAGGCGAGCCUGCUAUUUUGGAACUAGCAUGGGUGGAGUUGAAGAAAGUACAGACUUUCAUAUGUGAUGAUAUUGAAGAUCCAUAUUUGAGCAGCCUUAAUUGCACAGCAUAUUCCUGUGGAAGUCAAAGAACAGUGGAUUUGUUAAGUGCUAUCACAUUAUCAAUUGGCACGUGGUGUGAUUUUCAACUUUCAGAUUAUCAUCGACACUUUUACAAGAGUCCAAGCAAUUUUGAGAAGGUUGUGGCUUCAUCAAUCAUUAUUAACAGGCUGUUAAAUUCUGGAUUUGACAAGAUGGAAGGUUCAGGUGAGACUACAAAGUUGAAGGAAUCAGCCUCUGAAAAGGUUAAGAUGUAUAUAAUGACAUCAACUAAAGCCGCUUUUGAACAAGCUGUGAAUGGCCUGGAAGCCAGAUCAAAUGCUGCAGGAAUGCAUCCUCUGGCUUUGCUUGCUGAUGACCUGAGAUCGAUUGCUGGUAGAGAAUGCAAAAUGUUCAGUCCUGUCUUGUCCUGCUGGUAUCUGGAAGCCAAGGAAAAAUUUGCCUUGCUUGUGCAUGAGUUUUAUGGAGAAAAACUGAAGCCCUUCCUUGAAGGUUUAUCACAGCUAUCAUCUGACGCAAGAUCUGUGCUUAUUUCUGCUUAUUUGCUGGAAAAUGACCUAGCUCAGUUCGGCUAUAAUGGUGACAUUGUGCUGACUGGUUCUUUAGUGAAGGAAUGGCACCCUUAUGAGGUGGCUGCAACUGCUUAUCCACUCAUCCAAGAUUGGGUUGACAUGCAAAGUCACAAUAUUUUGGAGUGGACUGAAAGAGCUUUUCACCUUGAGGUUUGGGAGCCUGUAUCUUCUCUGCAAAAGCAUGGUUCAUCCAUUGUUGAAGUUUUUCGGAUUAUAGAGGAGACUGUUGAUCAAUUUUUCAGUUUAAGACUACCAGUGGGUGUGAAGCACACAAGAUGUUUGCUUUCUGGUAUUGCUCAAUGCUUGGAAGGCUACAUAGAGAAAAUGCGGGCCCAACUAGUUGACAAGAACAGCUUGUAUCCAGCUAUGCCUGCAUUGACUCGUUAUGAGGAAGGCACAGUGAAUCCCUUUAUCAAGAAAAAGUUUGUUGAAUGCAAGAUUCUGGAUGAGAAUGUCCUUAUGCAGUUGAAUGACUUGACAGUAUUCAAGCUCUGCGUCCAAGCAAACACUGUGCAUUACAUUGGGAACCAAGUCAGGGAAUUAGAGGAUACUAUUCAGAACCAUUGGGUGAAUGUCAGAACCUGUGACUAUGCUGGAAAAAGUUCAGAUAAGGACUUACUAUCACAUGGUAAACUCAUUCAAGAGCUUUUGGAUCCAUUUGUUCGGGUCAAGAAAAUUGCAAACGAUACUACCAACCAAAUAUGUGACUUUGUUGGUGCAAAGGUUGUAUUUUGGGACCUGAAGGAGCCAUUCCUUUUUAAUUUAUAUCGAGGGAACGUGGACAAUGCUCGUAUGGAAUCAGCUUUGGAACGACUUGAUACUGUUCUUGGCAAUGUUUGUGGCUUGAUUAGUGAUGCUCUAAGGGAUGUGAUUGUCCAUUACAUUUUCCGUUCUUCGUUGGAUGGAUAUAUUUGGUUGCUACUAGAUGGUGGCCCUUCUCGUGUUUUUACUGGUAACGAUGUUUUAAUGCUCCAGGAGGAUCUUAACUUAUUGAAGGAGCUUUUCAUUGCAGAUGGCGAAGGACUUCCUCGAGCAUUGGUUGAGAAAGAAGCAUUGAUGACCCAAGAGAUCCUUGAUCUAUAUACUCUUCAUACAGAGACCAUAGUUGAGAGGUUGAUGGCUGCGAGUGAACAAAUAUCAACAGAACUUGGACAUGUGAAGCCAAGCAAUAGGUCUGCUGAAAGUGCAGAUACACUAUUAAGAGUACUAUGUCAUAAGGGUGACAAAAGUGCAUCCAACUUUUUGAAGAUGCAAUAUAAUCUUCCCAAGUCUUCAGAUUAUGAGGAAGGUUCAUCCCUCAAGGGCCCCGUUUUGUCUGAUAUCUUUACGCGUACUACCUCUAUCCAAUGGACCAAGAAGGGCCAAAUGGGUAUGAGAACAAUGAAGAAGAAACUUCAGAAGGUAAAGUCUGAGCUCAAGUAUGGUGGGAGGUGAGCACUUGAUAUGCAGGUUCCUUGUGAUACAGUUCUAUGCCAUUGCCUGGUAUCAGAAGUUUGCAAUUGAGAAUUCUCUCGGGGAUUAAUGUACGGAAGAGUGCAAGUAAUGGAAGGUUGUCCUUUUCUUUUUCCAGUUUUGGGAAUGUUAAAUAUGUAGAUAUGGAGAUCAUGUAUAUGUGCGACUAGGCUGUAAGUUCUGGUGA